AUGUUGGAGAGAAACACGCCUCAUUUGGCGAUGAUUGGUAUCCACAAGAACGGUACCUGGGCUGCACAGAAGAUCAUCGAGUGUGUCCAGACUCCCGAGAAGGUUGGGCUCAUCGUGCAGAACUUGAGGGCCUAUGCUCCGCCUUUGCUGCUGGAUCAGUUUGGUAACUAUGUGGUUCACAAGUUGAGUCGUGCGUCUUCGUACCUCGCUGCUCCCAAUUUUCAGGGAAGGGCUGCGUCUCCCAAAACCGAGGCGAAUAAUAACUCGCAGAUCCAGACGCCUACGCGGUUGUUGUGGAUUGGGAAUUUGGAUAGUGCUGUUACGAGCGAGCAGCUCCUUCAUGUGUUUGCGCCGUAUGGAGCUAUUAAGAAUUCGAGGCUUCUUCCGGAGAAGGAAUGCGGUUUCGUUAAUUUCGUGGACCAAGCGGAUGCUAGCAGCGAUAGUAGUGGAAUGCCGUACAACAGAACUUGUGGAUACUAG